AGCCUCAUGAUCCUGGCAUGUUUUAAUCCAUUAGUCCAAACUGGGAAACUCUGGCUUAAUAUCACUUAAAGCAAGAAAUGAAUUCUAGAUACUAUAUUGGUUUGUUACCUGACAUUAAGUCAGAGUGCAGACUUAACAGAGAACUUUGGCUCAAUGCAAGAUGGUAACUCUGCAUGCAGGCUAUUAUGUAACUGGGGGAGGGGAGUGUAGAGGAGAACAGUAAGUACAGUUAGGAUGCUAUCCCUUGAUUUCUUAUACUAUGAUUUAGGAAGCCAGGGAUGAACACCCAAAUCUGGAUAGUGAUGCUGCAUGGUUGGCCUGCAUGAAUCAGAAGUGUACCUUGGGAGAAAGUUUGAUUCGCGUUAUGCCCUCCGUUGCAGAAGCAUGCUCCCUAUUAUGCAUCUCCUUUGGAAACCCUGAGAAGCUUCUGAAGAGUGCCACAUGCUCUGAAACAUAGCCUGAAAGCUGUUGCUGUAGUCCUUAACGGUGCCGAGUUCCACUUGUGUAUUGGUACAUACCUGUGCCUAUAGCUGGUUAAACUCUAUUGCUGUACCGUGUUACAGGUUUCUGAUAUACUAUACAGGGCCCAAUGAAUGAGGUAUAAAUAUUUGUCCAGAGGAUUCUGGCCAGUUAAAACUAAGUGUGUGAGAUCUAGUAAGACAUCUGUGCAGUAGUUAAAAGUGGCAAAGAGCGUUUCCCGGAAAGCCUGCUUAUCUGUACUCUGCCUUGCUUCAUUCUGUCCUCAAAGCACCAGUACGUGUCUGCUUCAUGCUGUGUCUUUUCUUAUGCCCUUGGACUACACAGGGGGUGCUCUUUGGCUUGGAAUCUGAGAGUUCUGCCCAUGUAGAAUUGUCCUUGAACAAGAAAACUUAAAAAAAUUGGAGGGGAAGAAAAGAUCAAAGACUUUGGUGUCUAAAAGAUGUGCCAUGGAAUGGUAGCAACAAAGAGCACCACAACAUCGCUGCUUACCUUGGUUAGUCAUGGGAUAUUUUUUCCAUUGUUUAUCUUCAGUACACGCAUGGUGGAAGGACUGGACUCAUUCUGUCCACAGCCACCAGAGCCUGCGAAUGGAGGCUACCGAUGCCAUCCAGCGCCCUGCAAAGACCCACUGACAUCUGACAGUGUCAUAGAGUAUUUAUGUGAGGAAGGCUACCUGCUGAAAGGAGACUAUAAGUAUUUGACUUGCAAGAAUGGAAAGUGGAAUCCAGACAUGGAGGUUACCUGUAGGCUCAGUCAAGAUAAAGGUUCUCCUCCAAGUGCAGGAGUACCCACCCUCUCCAUUGUGGCUUCCACGGCAAGUUCUGUAGCUCUCAUCCUUCUCCUAGUUGUACUGUUUGUUUUGCUGCAGCCAAAGCUGAAAUCCUUUCAUCAUAGCAGGCGUGAUCAGGGUGUUUCUGGAGACCAGGUUUCCAUCAUGGUGGAUGGAGUUCAGGUAGCAUUACCAUCAUAUGAAGAAGCUGUCUAUGGCAGUGCUGGAAACUGCAUACCUCCCUCGGAUUCACGGGUACAGAUCGUCCUUUCGGAAGGAGCUGGGCAAAGUGGAGCGUGUGGGGAGAGCCAGCCGCCACUUUCAGACCAAGAGGGGCACAACUGCUUUGCUAGGGAAGAUGAAGUCCCUGGACGCUCUGGACUGUGUGAAGCUGGCAGCUCUCGCCACUCAGAGGCUGUCUUGGUGCAUCAGGCCACCACCUCCUCCUGGGUUGCGGGCACAUCUAGUAGCAGACCUGGACCCAAAGAGGCCUCAGACUCGGAAAGCAGUGAUGUACAAAGCCUUCUGUCACUCACUUCCUCAGAGGAGUAUACUGAUGAUAUUCCAUUGCUGAAAGAAGCAUGAGGUUUGCUGCAUUUGUCUAGCCUUCUCUCUCCAUAUUUCUUCUUCUCGGGAUGGUGAGCUCUCUGUGCAGACAUCCCCAGCCCUCACGCGCUGUGCCCUGAAUACCUCCAAGCAAACACCCCGUAGCUGAAGAUCCAAAGGAUGCCGCCAGAAUGCCUCCUUGAUGUGUCAGUAGGCUGAACAGGGUGCCGGCUGUCCCCGAUUCCAUCUGCAUUAAGUUUGGUGGGGGGCUCCAGAGAUGUCAAUGGACUCAAGCUCCUCCUACCUCUCCCCUUCCUCAGCCAGAUGUUUUUUGAGUGUGGUCUCUGGAGAGCUGCUAUUUUCUUGUGCCUUGCUCCUUCUCACACUGGCUUGUUGCAGCGUCUGGACAUCUGCUCAGAACAUAGGGCCAAAACGCAGCUUGCUUUGUUGGGUACAGGUAGUUUCCUUCCAUUUAUUCACUAUCUUACAAAGGCAAGGCUGAACUCCUGUGGAUGAGCUAUAGGAGAGCAGGAGUCCUGUGGGAGUCACAGAGGCAGACACAUAUUGUAGCUCUCAAGUUUUCAAAAUCAUAUAAGAUAUAAUGUAGCUGCAUGUGAACACAUUAGGCAAUGCUGGCUAUGUUAAAGGCAAUUGCAACUGGCCGACUCACACACACACACACACCCUUGAUGGCAAGCUUAGACUGCUACUUGCUUUCUUGUCUUUAUUUCCCAAAGAGGGGGGAAAGAGUACCUUUGUCGAGAUGGAAUGUCUGUACUUCUGUACACUUCCACUUCAAAAAUACACACCCCUUGAAUCUGUUCUUUGUUCACGAACUUUGUGUGGUUUCAUUUAAGGCUGUCUCAAUAUAAAGAGCUUUGAGCAAUUCACUGGUAUGUGGCUGGGUUUCGGAGGACCUGCAUGGGCAAGUCCAUGUGAAGAGGGAGUUCCCUUCCUCGUGAGGAGCCCCCUAUCAGCCAUACUAGGGCUGUGCCAUAAUUGCUUCAAAGCCUUCCGUGUUAAGAGAUCAUUCUCUCUGGAACGGCUGCAGCGUGUCAGGGGCACACUGUGCUUGGGCAGGGAUCCUAACAUAGGCAUCUCUGCCUUAGCCCACCAGAAUGAGAGAGCGAUUUUCACAGUGUUCUUUUAUGUUGUUGCUUUUGUUGUCCUUGUGGAGGCAAUGCCAGGUAUUUAGUUGGCAUUUCUUAUGUCUUCCUUGUUCUGGUCAAAACUAAUCAUUUGAAAAAAAUGAUCACAGUUACCAGGGAUUUAGUUUUUCAUAAUUGGUGUGCCCGAUUUGCCUUGAAUGAAUUACAGUGAUAGCCUGCCUUAAAAUUUUUGAAUGGAAAGAGCCAUGCUGCUGUUUUGUCCUGAUGGAAGGUGCCCUCAAUCCCUCACUGUUUUUUGUUUGCUGUUUUGUUGUGUGUGUGUGGUUUUUUGGUUUUGUUUUGUUUUGUUUUGGCGUUGCAAGCUGCUUCCACUCGGAAACCUCCUACUAUGCAGGGGACAUGUUUGCGUACCUCCACCUUUUCUCAUAGGAGUAUACUUUUGUUCAAGCAAUGUUGAUUCUUGAUGGUAUUGUAGAGGGAGACUUUCCCCUAGUGAGCCUCCCAAAAGCAAAAAGUUCUGUCAGCUUGCCCAAAGAUUUCUGUAAGAAAAACAGGAUGGCUUAGUUGCCAGUUCUUAUUCUUGCCCAGCGUCUAGCAAAAGGAAGAUUAAAGGAAGAAGUUGGAAGCACAUCCACAUACAAUUACAGACGCAGUUUGCAUAUAGCAGCAAAUUGUGCAUUAAUUAACCCACAGCUUGCCAGGAGUGUGUCUGACUACCCUUCUGGAUAUACAACCUCCACUCAAAGGUUAUUCUAUGACAUGUAUGUGGACAUGAUUACUUUUUAGGUUAACUGUGAAUCUUUUAUUCAAGUCAACUAUUAACCAAUAGCAUCCAAGUUCACAUCUUAUGAAAUAACCUCUCAUCAGAUGCUACAUAUUCAAAAUAUCAGCCACACUUCAGAGACAUGUUGUGGCAAAUUGUGUGUUAAUUAAUCCACAGUUUGCUGCCAUGACAUGCAAACAAACCACAGUGUCUUUAAAAUCUAAGGAAGCAGAAAAAUAAUCUUAAAACAAUUGAAAUAGAGGACAACAGUGUGUUUAUAUGCAGAACAUUUCUGGGGCAACUGCAGUAAUGUGGGAUCAUCAACGCUUUGCCUUUUCCCAAAUUUAUGUACUACUUCUGAAUAGGGAACAAUUUAUUCCUCCCUGGACAACUGCCCAUGUCCCCAUGCUGCAGAGGGGGAUUACAUUCUGCCUAGGCUCAGGACUGUGUGCAUUACACACACAAGCAUAAAAGCACAUGUAUUUUGUAAUGAGUAUAGAAUUGAGCAUCUGGAGAAUCACACCUUGCAUUUUAAACACAAAAGGUGACAGUCUAGCAGGAUUCUGGCUCCUUUGCGGAGAUAGCCUUGCAAAUGUGUAUGUCAUACAACUGCUAAAAACCUGGAAGCCCAAGGAUAGAUACACUGUAGAAUUUUAUACUGAGGGGUUCAGCACUCUGCAUAACUUCUUAGACAUCUCCAUGAUUAGCAAAACACAGAUUACUCUGAGUAAGCCAGUAGAUGCCAGUUUGUUUGCUUUUAAUGAUUUGACCAGGGCAGAAAUACGGAUUGUGUUCGUGCCUGAGAUGGAUGGUUCUUGUCCAUAGCUCUGACUGUAGGGAAGCCUGAUUCACUGUUUGACAGCCCCAGUAGUGCAGCAGGCCCCUGGCUAAUUCAGACUGCACUGUCAGAAUCCUGAGUCUCUGCACCCCAUCUCCUUGUGAAUGAACAAUGCAUCCCUCACUGCCUGCUGCACAUAACCUCUGCUGUGUAACUCCAGUACCUAGGGAUUAUAACCGGUUCAGAAGGAGUUGGUGCUGGCCCUGACUGUGAGCUAGCGACAGAAUGAUAGCAGUAACUGCUAAAGGCUUUGGAUAGAAGUAUGGCAAAAGUUUGUGUGGCGCCAGGCCAAAGGAAGCUGCUGGUCUCUUUUUUAGUAUUAAUGUAUAAAAAAAUACUGGGACCAGUAACACAUCUCUUGAAUCCUAUUCCUUCUUCCCCUGAAGAUUGUUCAGAAACUUCUGUGUUCUCUAUAGCAUCCUUGAAGAAACAGCUGCCUCUAUAGCAUUGCUAAGGUCCAGUCAGCAGAAGUGUGAUCCAGUGGUAAAAUUCUACAUUCGUUAUUAAAUCCCUGGAUACCUUUAGCAUCCAGUGGAUAUGUGAAGAAUCUUAGUUUCACCUUGAAUCCUAAUACUGCAGUUAAUAUUUCACCAGAAUAGUUCAAAGGACAAUGGGCUAAAUAAUUUCAUAGUUGAAAUCUUGUGUAUUUGGGGUCAGCUGUAAAUCCAAUUAAUAAAACUGGAUUUUCAAGGCACAUAAAUGCAGAACGUUGUCCUCCUUUGGCUAAGAAUGUAGAACUCUUCUCCUUAGUCUUACAGGCAAAUUCAUGAAAGACAGGGAUAGGAACAGCCAUUGGGCAUAAUGUUUGGGGCAUCUCUCCUAAAGCUUAGACUGUAAAUGGAUAGAUUAUAUUAAAAAGAACAAAUCCUGACACUUCUUAAAGUUCUGAAACACCCAAGAGGAGUUGUUCAAUUAGAAAGGCCCACUGGGCCAGCACUGUGUACCUGUUAAAAAUUCCAUUAACUUCUUCCAGCCUUGCACACAGAGAGCCAGACUCUGCAAGGGCACACUUUGUGCAUGGCAGUAAUCAAGUUCUAACUUCAGUGGUGUUUGCCAGAUUUUGAAACGGGGGGCCUUCUCUGGAAUGUGAUUGUCCAGGUUGACCUUGCCCUUUAAAUGUUGAAACUUAACUCACAAAUGAUUGGUUCCCAUACCAUCCUCCAUUUUGUUCAGAAUAUUGGUUGGUCAUAUGAAGCUGCCUUUUAUUGAAUUAAGUCUGUUGGUCCAUCUGGCUUCAUAAUCCCUCCUCUGCCUGGCAGAGACCUUUCCUAGCUCGGAUAUUUAGGAGUGGGACACAUUCAGGGACUGAACAUGGGGCUUCCUGCAAACACAGUUGAGGAAUCGUUCUUCCUUUUUUCUUUUACACAUCUAGUGCUAAAAGCAAAAUAAACUGAAAUGCAGUGCUGCUUUUUUAUGGAUGAAUAGAAAACACUUACCAAGUGGUUAGAUGCACACUUGGCACAGAGUGAUCUGUUUUUCCUUUGUUUAUGGCCCAUAGUAUGAGUGCUUUUUUAAACAGCUGCUACUGUCACUGGGACACUGCUGGAGCGGGCAAAAGAGAAGCACUGAUGACCUGAGAUGUCUUGGCAUUUGCAAGAAAAUCCAGAAUGCGAGAGCCCUGUGCAAGUCAGGACAAACAGGGUUGCCAUAUUUAGUCUCUCAAGACCUGUUCAAAGACAGGCUUUGUUUUUUCAUUUUUCAAAUUGCACAUUUCUUAGUGCAUAAAUACAGAGGACUUUGAUUAAUCUUCCAAAGAUUGGGAAAACAGGCAGAAUAGUGGUCAAAAAGGAGAACUGGCUGAUGCACGUACACAUUUUCACAGCAGAGUGCUUUUAUAUGACUCCUGUGCACCCUGGCCUAGCUCCUUUUUACUUUUUUAAAAUAAGUAGCCUAUAUUAAUCACUCCAUGCUACUUGGUGGUAAAUGUGAUUGAUUUGUAGGGUCACUCUCUCUUGUAAAGAACUUGUAAGAAGCAACCCUUCAGCACUUAAUAUAUGAGCUGCUAGAGUUGGAUCCUCUAAAAACUGCUCGUAUGUUCCAUGAAGAAUAAUCUUUGCUAUUUCCAUGGCCAGAGAGAGGGUUUGUGUUACUCAUGCAUGUAACAAAUUCACUGUUUGUUACAUGCAUGAGUGUGCAUGUAACAAACAGUGUGCAAAUUCACUGUUGUGCAUGCUGCAGUGGUUUCCAAAGCCAAAGAUGCUCCUGUUACCUGGACUAGGAUAAUAGCAUAUAUUCAGUUGAUACACAUUAUGCUAUAAAGAGGAGUGUCCACACUAAAAGGCAUUUGUUACAGUCAGCUGGAGUUGGCACUCCUCUGGAAGCAGCUAUUUUACUAGGUUCAUUGGUUUCUGAAUAUGGCAUACCCAUAAAGUGCUUGCAGAUUCUUCAGAAGAACUGAAAACUGACCACAAGGCAAGUCCAAUUCACUUUAUAUGCCAGGCAUGUCUCUGCAGUGCCCACAGUAGUGUCCCUGUAAGCAUAGUGGAAUAAGCUGGUGAUCUGUGAUCAACAGGAGGUCCAGUAUUUGAUGUUCUUGAGUUAGGGAGGCAAGCAUUUUUGCCACAUUUUAUGUUUACUGCAUCUGUAGCCGGUGUUGCUUAGUGCACAGCAGGCACACAACUGCCAUGUUAAAGUGUGAAUUGACCUUUCGUUUCCAUGGGGCUUUUUUGGUAGUAACCUUCCUUUGGCUUGAUUCACAUAUAGUACUUUAUGGAUCAUCUCUGCCCCCCUCUCGCUCAGUCCUCCAUGUUUGAUUAGCUUCCUGGAAAUUUCGUUGAUUGCUUUUGAACUUGACCAUCUCUGUCACUUUAUUAAGAUUCCAAUGCUUGCACCAGAGGAGAUGUAAGUUGAACGAAGACACACUUCUGUGUUAAUUAUAUCUUGAGAUACAGAUACAUGCUUCUUUCUAGUAGGUGAACCAAUGAGAGUGGCUGUCCAUUUCUGCUGCAAGUGUCACUGUUAUGUUCACUUUUGCAUAGAAGCUCACACGGUUCAGACCAUGUCCUGUCAGAACAAAGGUUUUCACACAAAUCCACACUCUGUUAUUCAGUGGGCAAGCUGCAGGUGGUUGGAUAUGGGGAGAACCUGGUUGCCUUCAGUGCUGUUUGUUUGUUUGUAAUCUGAGUUGCACCACUAUGGAAUUUGUUUGCAGAAUGGUACUCAUAUAUGUGGAUUUAAAAAAAAAACAUGCUGUGCAGGAUGUCAAUCAGUUUUAUUUUGCUUUAUUUUAUAUAUAUAUAUUUUUCUGGUAUCCUGUACAUUGCAGUGGGUGUGAGAUAGUAUUUUAAUAUUUGUACAAAGUUUAAUUUAAUUUCAAUUGUUCUAUGUAUAUAACUGCAUUUCUAAAUUAAAAAAAAAAUCUUUUGAAGUGAA